UGACUCGAGUUCGGCGUUUCGUCUGUGAGAGCUCACGCGGUUUCAACAUGCGUAUUGAGAAGUGUUAUUUCUGUUCGGGGCCCAUUUACCCCGGCCACGGCAUGAUGUUUGUCCGCAACGAUUGCAAGGUGUUCAGAUUCUGUAAAUCCAAGUGUCAUAAAAACUUUAAAAAGAAGCGCAAUCCUCGCAAGGUCAGGUGGACUAAAGCAUUCCGUAAAGCAGCUGGUAAAGAGCUUACAGUGGAUAAUUCAUUUGAAUUUGAAAAACGUAGAAAUGAACCUGUUAAAUACCAGCGAGAGCUAUGGAAUAAAACUAUUGAUGCAAUGAAGAGAGUUGAAGAGAUCAAACAGAAACGCCAAGCUAAAUUUAUAAUGAACAGAUUAAAGAAAAAUAAAGAAUUACAGAAAAUUCAGGACAUCAAAGAAGUCAAGCAAAACAUUCAUCUUAUCCGCGCCCCUCUUGCCGGCAAAGGAAAGCAAUUGGAAGAAAAAAUGGUGCAGAAAUUACAACAGGAUGUGGACAUGGAAGAUAUUUCUUAAAGAUCUCACUAUUUCUAUUAGUGCAUUUGAAAAUCUCCUUAGGAGACCAAGAACUUCUAAAUGAUCUUUUAUAUUUUACAUAAGGUCACUCAAAUGAAAGGUAUUUAAAAAUA